AUACCAUAAUACAUUUUGUCUAUUUGUCAUUACUCUGACUCUCUUUGUGGAUUUGCUUCUAUUCCCAACAACCACCCUGAUAGAGAUUGACUGCUACUGCUUUCCUUCAUUUUCCUGAGCUUUCUCGGGCAAGUUUCCGAUAGAGCGGGAGGCAAAGUCACAUACUUGGUGAACUCUAUUAGUAUUAAAAAAAUUCACAGAUUUUGUCAUGGAGAAUACUGGAGGUGGUGCCUUUUUGAGGAAUAGAAGGUUGGAGAGCUUUAUGAAUACAAGCUCUGGCCAAAGGGUGGAAGAACCUGCAAGAAUUUUAGUGAAAGAUGAAUCAGGACAAAGGCGAAGGACGGAUGUCUAUACAGAUGAUGAUGGGUGGGUUCCAACAAUCAUAUCAUGGAUCAGAAUUGUCAUAUGUUUUGUGUCUAUGAUGGUCACAACAUUCAUAUGGGCAUUGAUCAUGGUUGUGUUUAUACCAUGGCCUUAUGCGAGAGUUAGACAAGGAAACAUUUAUGGGCAUGUGACUGGUAGAAUGCUGAUGUGGAUUCUUGGUAAUCCUAUAAAGAUUGAAGGUGCUGAGUACUCUAACGAGAGGGCAAUUUACAUUAGUAAUCAUGCAUCUCCAAUAGACAUAUUUCUUAUAAUGUGGUUGACUCCUACAGGCACUGUUGGCAUUGCCAAGAAGGAGAUAAUAUGGUAUCCUCUCUUUGGGCAACUUUAUGUUUUGGCCAACCAUCUUCGUAUAGACCGGUCCAACCCAACUGCAGCUAUUGAGUCCAUGAAAGAGGCAGCUUGUGCAGUUGUGAAAAACAAUCUGUCCCUGAUCAUUUUUCCUGAGGGUACCAGGUCUAAGAAUGGAAGACUACUUCCUUUCAAAAAAGGUUUUGUUCAUUUAGCACUGCAAUCGCGCCUCCCCAUUGUUCCAAUAGUCCUGACAGGAACUCAUCUAGCAUGGAAGAAAGGUAGUUUACAUGUUAGACCAGCCCCUCUAACUGUUAAGUAUCUUCCUCCUGUAAGUACUGAAAAUUGGAAGGUUGACAAGAUUGAUGACUAUGUCAAAAUGGUGCAUAACCUGUAUGCUGAACAUCUUCCAGAGACUCAGAGGCCUUUGCCUUGAAAAGUUCCAGAGCCAGAACAAAUUCUUAGCUAAGUUACCUCUUCCAUAUAAGCUUGAGAGAGGUUCCUCUAAAAGGCUGCAAAUUAUUUAGCUAAAUAACUUAAUAUAGAUUAAUCCUCUAAUAUU